AUGGGGAUUACGCUCGUCAGUCCCACCACGUGCGCCGGUGUAUUUGAAUUCGCCCCCGCUCUGCCCGCACCAAGUCGGGGGUGGACGAAGGACAAAGCGCAGGUCGCCCUUGACGUGUGCCGUACGAUGGUCCAGCUACACGAGGCGAAACUAGUGCACGGAUAUAUGGUACGACGCCUUCGACUGAACAACGUGUACCGCCACCCCCACAGCAAGGCGAUGCUCCUGUCGUAUCCGCAAGUCUCGCCAGUCGCUGAUACGCCGAUGCCAUGGGCGGCCCCAGAACUUGAAGCAGCGACGAUCUCCACGCCCGAAAUGGACGUGUUCGCGUUUGGAAUGUUCUUGCUCGAGCUCGACCUUGGCCACGUGCCGUUUGCAAACGAGGUCGCGAUUACCGCAGCCGAGGGGGGGGUUCUGAAGAGUUGGAACGUCGAAGGCGCAGUCGCGACGGCUGUGACCGCAGAGUGCCUGCUAGACAUCACCGCCCUUAUUCAAAAGUGUUUGUCAGUAGCGCCGUCCCAGCGACCAACGAGCCUCAUGGUGCACGAUCUGCUUCGCGACAUAAAAAAUGUCAUGGAGCACUGCCUGAGCCGCCGCAGCACCCACUUUCACUCGACUUCCACGCUGAUAUCUGACGUGCCUUGGUUUCUCUGGCGCGUGGUGGCCAGAUUCUUGACCGACGUGAAGACCUCAAUGGAAUGCAUCCACCAUCAUCUGUUCGGGCCUUGGCGUCGGUCGCGCUGGAAGUGA